AUGCAAGAGAUUAUUGGAUUUAUCAUUGGUAUCAUCCCUCCCAUAAGUAAUUCAUUGGUGAUUGGCCCCUUUUUCAUGCGGUUGAAGACUCUGCAAUGCAUACUUGCUCGGUCAGCUAUUCUAACUGUCACUUCGAUUUUAGGAGCAAAUCUUCUGGAGGGUUUGAAAGGGUCAAAGGUGCCACCCAUGGUGCUUGUCGGAAUAGUGGCAGUCCGGUAUAUUAUUAUGGCGAUUUUGGGAGCACUUAUCAUUAAAUAUGCAGUCCUUUUUGGCUUGUUGCACUCUGAUCCUCUGUAUAAGUUUGUUCUUCUGCUUCAAUUCACACUUCCUCCAGCAAUCGGCAUAUGUCUGUUAUUUAUCAUUGGUGAAUUAAGAUCCAGGUAUAAUGACCCAGUUGUUUGGAGCAGGCAAAAGCGUGAUGAUGAUCACUCCCCUAAAGUUAAGAUGUUGCUAACAUUGAAUCUGAGACAAUCUUGGGUUGCUGCUAUGGGGCUCUGGAAUCUGUUUAGUGUUGCACUCAUGCCAGUUCUGAAUGUACUCCUGAUCACUGCCGUCGGAGUAUUUCUCGCAAUCCAGCGUGUGGAUAUCUUGGGGGCGGAUGCUCGAAAGCAUUUGAAUAAUUUCUGUGAAACAUCACUUAUUGGCAGCAUCUUGGCAACAUACACAACAUUAAGAAGCUUGCCUGAGCUGUGGUUCCUGCUAAAUGUUCUCAUUACCUUCGUCAUUGGCUCGGUGCUUGGAUGGAUACUUGUAAAAAUCACCAAAGCUCCUAAAGGUCUUCGAGGAGUGAUCAUGGGAUGUUGUGCUGCCGGAAACCUGGGCAACAUGCUUGUAAUUGUUCUAGCUGUCUCUGUCUGCAAAGAAAAAGGCAGUCCAUUUGGAGUUUCCGAUGUCUGUACCGGCAAUGGAAUGGCAUAUGUUUCACUCUCUAUGGCAAUUGGAUCCUUGUACAUCUGGUCAUAUGUGUACAAUAUUGUGCGUAUAUAUUCAAGUAAAGAUUCUGAUGAAGCCAAACCAGAUGUCGUACAGGAGGGUGCAGAGUCUGCUGAAGAAAAAAAUGAAUCUGCAAAGUGUCGCACAGGGCCCCCACUUCCUUCAGAAGAUCCCUCACUUGGUGAGAGUCAGCACUUGGAGCUUAAUUGUUCAGUGUCACAGGAGAAGGCAAAGGUGCCAUUUCCAGAAAACAUCAAGAGAAGCUUCAAUAGAAGCUUUCUAAAGUUCAUAAAGAAACCCAGUAUAAGGAGAUUGUUUGCACCGGCAAUUAUUGGAGCGAUUGUCGGAUUGAUGAUUGGUAUCAUCCCUCCAUUCAGAAAAGUACUAAUUGGUGAUAGCGCUCCUCUUCAUGCGGUUGUAGACUCUGCAGACAUGGUUGGGAAGGCAGCCAUUCCAAUCAUGAAUUUGAUUUGGGGAGCAAAUCUUCUGAAGGGUUUGAAAGGCUCGAAGGUGCCACUCUUGGUGAUUAUUAGUAUAGUGGCCAUUAGGUAUAUAAUUUUGCCGAUUUUGGGAGUAGUUAUCAUUAAAUAUGCAAUCCAUUUUGGCUUGGUGCGCUCAGAUCCAUUAUAUCAGCUUGUUCUUCUCCUCCAGUUUGCACUUCCUCCAGCAAACAGCGUGGGUGUGUUAAUUGUCAUUGAUGAAUUAUAUACCCUUAUUACAAGAUCCCCACAGAGCUCAACCAUGUCUAUGCACGUUUGGGAUGAAUUUGCUCCUAACUUGUUCUUUCGGCACCGAUUUGGCAGGUACAAUGAGCCAGUUGUUUGGAGUUGGAUAAGCGAAUGCUCUGUGAUCAUGCUAUGGACCAAUGCCUUGGCCACAGUCUCGCUGACCGUUUGGUCAACAUUCUUCAUCUGGUGUGUUAGAUAA